GUCAUUACCAGAGGGAAGAGGGAAGAAGGGGAAAUGGGGUUAAUGGGAUGAAUUAAAGGAUGCCUUUGGUGGAGAGCAUACUGUAGUAUGCAUAUAUGCAUACAUAUGCACAUAAAGAAUAGUGAUAAUAUUGCAUCUAAUCAUAUACAUAUAUAUGAUUGAUACACAUUUAUGUAUAUUAUUAGAUGCAUAUAUACAUAGAUACAUAUAUGCAAAUAUGGGGUCAAUUUGUAAAGCAACAUACCAGAAAUGUAUAAAAUGUUAUAAGCUCAUGUUACUUCCAUUGUCUAAAUCAUAUAGAAAUUCAAGAAAAUAUAAACAUUCAAAUGUCGGCACAAUCAUAAUACACAAAUCAAACUGAACAAGUAAAGGGUAAAGGUGAAUCAAUGUACAAAUGUCAUAUGCACAUUUAAAUUUUUUGGGGGGGGGUGGACACCCGGAUCAACUCAUAGGCCACACAAUUGUGAAGCAAUUGCUUUUACAAGCUCCAUCUGACUUUCCAUUUAAACUCUGAUCUGAACAGACUCUGAGGCUGGGGGGCUCUGCCCUCAUCCCCAGACACAUUCCUCGUCUUUUUCCUGAGCCCCAUAGCAAGCGUUGAUGGAGUGCCACCCAGGGCAGAGGGAGAGCAGAAGCUUUUCCCAGCUGUGAUGUCAUAACCGUGCAGGGCAGCACCUGAGGGCCUGCUCUGUCUGUUGCCCCCCAGAGCCUCUGCGAGGCUGCAGUGUGUGGGGCCCUCCUGAGAAAGGCUGUCUGCACGGCAGGCAGAGGCCAGCAGCCAGGCAGUUUCGGCUUUGGCCCGCUUCCAACUUUCAUUUCUGUGAAGAAAAAAAUCGAAACUGAACUCAGCUGAGAGUUCUCGUCAGAGAAGGUGUGUCUGUGCUCCCGUGACAGUUCGCUCAGGCACAUAAAAGGCGAGUGGUCCCAUGGCAAGGCAUCCUCAGGGUGCAACCAACCAUGUCGGUUCUCAUGCCUGGGGCUCUUGCUGAGAAGCUGCAGGGAGCUCUGGAGCAGCUAAUGAGCUUCCUGUGGAACAUCCUGGUGUCCCUGAGCUUCAGGCUCAGGUCCAAGUUCUGGCCGCCAGGCACCGAGUGUGGACAGCGGCAGCUGGGAAGGAGUAAAGAAGAGGAGUCUGGUAGGGCAGAGGGGCAGCUGGCUGUGUCCACCAUCCCCACCAGCGUCAACUACCACUUCACCCGCCAGUGCAACUACAAAUGCGGCUUCUGCUUCCACACGGCCAAAACGUCCUUUGUGCUGCCCCUGGAGGAGGCCAAGAGAGGGCUACUGAUGCUCAAGGAAGCGGGUAUGGAGAAGAUUAAUUUUUCUGGUGGAGAGCCAUUUAUUCAUGAUCGAGGGGAAUACCUGGGCCAGUUGGUGAAGUUUUGCAAGCAGGACCUCCAACUACCCAGCGUGAGCAUCGUGAGCAACGGGAGCCUGAUCCGAGAGAGGUGGUUCAAGGAAUAUGGUGACUAUUUGGAUAUUCUGGCCAUCUCCUGCGACAGCUUUGAUGAGCAAGUCAAUGUUCUGAUUGGUCGUGGUCAAGGAAAGAAGAACCAUGUGGAAAAUCUUCAGAAACUGAGAAAGUGGUGUAGGGAUUACAGAGUGGCCUUUAAGAUCAAUUCAGUCAUUAACCGGUUCAACGUGGAUGAGGAUAUGAAUGAACACAUCAAAGCUCUGAACCCUGUGCGCUGGAAAGUCUUCCAGUGCCUGAUCAUUGAAGGGGAGAACUCUGGAGCAGAUGCUCUGCGAGAAGCAGAAAGAUUCCUCAUCAGCGACGAAGAAUUCACAAACUUCUUAGAGCGUCACAAAGACUUGCCCUGUUUGGUUCCCGAGUCAAACCAGAAGAUGAAAGAUUCGUACCUUAUACUGGAUGAAUAUAUGCGCUUUCUAAACUGUCAAAAUGGACGAAAGGAUCCUUCCAAAUCCAUCCUGGACGUUGGAGUAGAGGAAGCCAUAAAAUUCAGUGGAUUUGAUGAAAAGAUGUUUCUAAAGCGAGGAGGAAAAUAUGUAUGGAGCAAGGCAGAACUGAAACUGGACUGGUGAAGCUGAAAGAGAAACACACCUUUAAUCCACUGGAGGGAAAGUCCUUUCAAAGGGUGACAUUCUUGUCAAUGACAACACCUGUUGACAUUUCUUAGUGACUCCAAAUCUGAUUCUAUCUGGCAAGCAGUGUCUGAUCAUCUGCAGCAAAUGAACAAACACGGAACUUGGAAGGUCAAAAUACAAAAAUAGGGCAAAAACAUUAACUUAGCUUAUUUGACAUUUACGUUUUUGAGCACUUUGUUGUGGCUUUUUUAUUGCAUUUUGAAUUUAAUUUUUUUUAGUUCCUUUAUUUGAUAAAAUCAGUUCUUUUCUGGGAUAUCUGAGAAGUCCCAUGGAAGGAUUACAAAACAGAAUUACAAAAUAGCUCCCAGACUUUUGUUCUGCUAAUUGCCAUGUCUUUUUCUUUUCUGCUUUUGUACUACUACAAUAUUAUAUGUAUAUAUAUGUGUGUAUAUAUGUAUCUACUGUAUAUAUUAAUUUUGUUUUGUGUUUUGGGGCCACACCUGGUGAUGUUCAGCGGUUUCUCCGGGCAGUGCUUGUAGGACUGACUGUAUAGAAUGCUGAGGAUCAGACCCAGCUUAGCAGCAUGCAAGGCUGUGUUCUUAUCCACUGUACCAUCUCUCUGGACCCCAACUACUACAAUAAUUUUUAACCAUUAGUUCAGAAGUAGUCAACGAAUGUUUAGAAGAAUAAGAAAUAAUAAUCUUACUAGUAAGUAACAAGAGGGGACAGUUCCUCUACUGAGAUUCUCACCUGGUACCUGCUCACCCCAAUGACAUUAGGAAUGCCAACUAUUUCGAAAACUCUCCAUUCUUCUCCCAGAUUCUUAGCAAACCUAAGCUAUGCUUCCCAUUUAACAACAAAGUUGACAUACAGUCUGCUUGGGUCAUACUGUGACACUGUUCUGCAGGCUCUGUCAGUCUAUUCAUCACAAAAAUAUGUUUCUUUGAGUUUCUUUGAAAAGUGUCCACUGGCCGGAUUGGCAUAUGCUGGGAUUUUCAUGUUCGAAAAAGGACCAUAAUUCAUGUUUAGGAAAUACUGAGAUGAACAGUAGUUUAUUUUAGCACUGAAGUUCCUACAAAUAAAAUUGUAGCAUAAAAUAUUUCUUGGUAACUCUGAAUAUCUUGAAGUAAGGGUCUAUGCAAUAUAGGACAACAUCAGGUCAUCUGAGUGCUUUUCCAGCACUAAGAAAGAACUUGAGGGAGCUGUCACUAAAAAUACUCUCCCUGUGAACUUGUCACAUGUAGUUUGUUCUUAACCUAGAAAGCAUCUCAUUGUCAGGAAAAUUGUCAUUUCCUAUUAUUGUUAUUUCAAAAAAGCAAAAUUUAUGGGCAAGUUUUCUUAUUUGACCCUUAGCUUACUCACACUGCAAUUCCAGUGUCUAUCACUAGAUGGCACUUAAAUGUUGCCUGAUUUCUGAUUCCAUGCCAAGCGGCAGCAAUUUCAUUUUUCAGUAUGUUUUCAAUAUUUGGUGAUUUUCAAAGUUUUGGAUUUUUGUAAUUUUUUUCUCAGAAAAACUUUUCCUUCUCAAAGUUUUAUGUCACCCUUAAAAAUGCUCAGGGCUUAUUUCUGGCAGUGCUUGGGGGACCAUAUAGGAUUCUGUAUCCUUCCUCCUGAUGGGUUUUUGAGACUAUUUUAAGUGAUCAUGGAAUUCACAUAAGUAUAAAUGUAAAUCAGGUUCUUCAUUAUUUUUUAAUUAGCAUGAGUACAUUCUGCCUAUCUCUACAUUGUCCAAUAAGAAUAAGCUCAAUGAAGAAAGAUCAAUGACAUAAAAGUGCUGCAUACUGUGUUUGCUCAACCAGUUAUUACAAGAAAAUCUAAUUUCCGACCACAGUGUCUCUGACUUCAAAUGAAUUUUUCUCCAGCUUAGAAAAACCAUCUCUAUUUCCCCCAAGGGAAAUAUGAAAGAGAACAAAAUCUUGAGAUAUAAGCUACCUAUGUUUGUUUGUUUGGGGCCACACUGGAAGUGCUCAAGGGCUAGUCCCAGCAGUGCUGGGGACCAGGCAGUGACAGGAAUUGAACCUGGACCUCCUUCACGUGCACAGUGAGCCAUCUCUCUGGCCUGACAUAAGCUAUUUUAAAUAUAUUUUAUACUUGAAUAAAACAAUUCUAUACUGCCCCCUUCCUUACACACUAUUAAGAUACUCAAAAUCUCAAUAGUUAAAAUAUUUUUCAAGAUUUAUUUUUCUAAGGGUUAAAGCAGGGCUUUUAGCAUUAGUGCAAAUUGAACUUGGAUAAUAUUGGUUUUAAGUGUGAGUGUGCAUAUUUGCCUUUUCAUUAGGAAAACACACAUUCAUUAAACCGAGGUCUCUCAUUUUAAGGUAAAUGGUAAAUAGAUAAUAAUGCUUUAAUUAUUGCUUAAGUUCACGUUUUAGGAAUAAUAAUAUUUCAUCCUCAGAGACUAGAAAGGUCAAACUUACAUAGAUAACAUGUUUGUGUAUGAAUCAUCUACUGCUUAAUGAUACAUAAUGUGAUAGUUGUUUUCUUUUACGUUUGAAGUGGGUAAGAGUUGUUCUGAACUACCUGAAAUGAGAGCCCUUUUGUAACUCUAUCUGUAUUUUGAAAUUCAUAGUGCUUGAUGAAUAAAGAAUAUUGAUACCAAAACAAGAAUACAUAGUAAUGAUAAGAAUUCAUCUCACCCCACCUUUAUUCAGGAACUUAAUUGGUUGUGUUUAAUUAGUUGUGAUUCUAAGGAGCUUAAUUAUUCUGCAAAAUUUUAAGACUUUUUAUUAACUGUGUGUAAAGGAAGUUACUGGAGAACUAUGUACACAUUUCUUUUUAAAUAUGUGAUGCUCUUGAACACUGAUGUGAUAAACUACUGUAAGGUGUUGCAAUAUAUUAAAAUGUUUUUUUUUG